AUGCCCAACGGUCCGAUUGAAAUCGCUAUUCUUCAAGUUGUCGCUCGCAGAGAUUUUACUACUAACCGUGCUUCCAAGAAUACAGACAAGAAAACGGGCUCACCCAACCUCAGCAAGGACAAGAGGAAAGAUGGGGAGAAAAGAGGCGAAGAUUUGUCUGAAGAAGACCAGCAGUUCAGCUUGGAGAGACUAGCAGGGCGGCUGAAUGAAUCCAAUGCUGACCUCUAUAAACCGGCGCUGGAAAUCCUUCGAUUUCUCAUUCGGACAUCUACAUCCUCGAUAGCCUCCGUUCCGAAACCACUCAAGGUUCUGCACCCGUUGUACCCCGACCUUCAAGCGCUCUACGAAACAUGGGAGCCAUCCGAAAACAAGUCUUUAUUCGCAGACAUCUUAUGGGUCUUAGUUAUGGCUUAUUCGGACACGCAACCGCGAGGCACUCUUUGUUUUUGUUUACUGGCAGCAAAAAUGCGCCCAACAGUCUCGCCGCUUUCCGACCUUGGAUCACGGAGGCACGAAUACGUUCGACAUCUUGCUGGUGAACUCGGUAACGAAGACAACACUCGUGAACAAGAAGAUAACGAAGUCGAACCAGUCAAGGGCUCAUUGCCAGUGCUCAAAGUUCCUGGCACAAUUGACGACCUUCGUGCUCUCGCGAAAGAGUGUGCUGUAUUCCUUCUCGACCAUAACGGGGAACCGGACGCUAUCGAUCUUCUUCAAGAGUUGGAGAUAGUAGAGGAAUCAAUCGUUCUUGUCGACAAGAAUACAUAUACGCGCGUUUGCCAAUACUUCAUUGGUUGUGUCAAUUUACUUCCACCCUCGGAUGACAUUGCUUUCCUUCGGCCCGCUCACGCGAUCUAUGUGCGACAAAGCAAGUUCCCAGAAACUCUGGCCCUCGCAAUACGACUGGGAGAUCAAAACCUCAUUCAACAGGAUUUCAAUACUCCCUCUAACCCAUGGAUGAUGAUACAACUCGCUUCUAUCCUUGCGCGAGCGCAAUUAUCCAUCAAGUGGCUGCGUGCCAACCCGGACAACGACAUCGACAUAGAGGACGAGUUUCCCGAACACAUCCGACAAUGUCUCAACAACAUACACAUCUGCGUGAAUUCGGGAAAGAACUCGGUGUUACAGAUGCGAAGAGCGACGAAGAAGCAUUUUGAAAACACAAGGCCAAACGCGCUUGCCAACGUCGAUUCAGCGCGUGGUAACUUGGCUGGCUCGUUCGUCAACGCAUUGGUCAAUGCUAGGUAUGAUAAUAAGCUGAUGGUCGAAGCGGAAGAGGGCAAUUCCCAGGUGUAUAAGAAUAAGGCGCACGGCAAGCUGAGCGCCGCCGCAUCUCUAAGCAUCAGUCUCUUAUGGGACACCGAAGUUGACCUCUCUCACAUCGACAAAUAUGCCUACUCCUCUGAGGAGUACAUCAAAGCUGGCUCACUUUUGGCUACCGGAACCCUCAACAGCGGUGUUAGAACUGAAGCCGACGUCGCGAAGGAUUUGAUCAGGGAGUGUGUUGACAACAAAUUCAUUCCUCUCAAGACUAGCGCCAUCGUUGUGCUUGGCCUGGCCUAUGCAGGAGCUCAUCGUCAAGACCUGUUGGAGCUAUUGCUGCAAUUGAGACUGCUGAUGAAUGGAUCCAAUUCCUUAAAUGCAACAAUCAAGCCGACCUCUUAA